UCCGUUUCCGGUUUUAUAAGUGGUCCGCCAGAGUUGGCGGGCAGCAGACACUGGGUUACUUUGAGUUAGGGUCGCUGCUUUUGGUGUAGAAGACGGGAACCGCCUGUGUGCCGACAUUUCGGAGAAGCGGUCGGGGUUGCGAACAGUCAAGUGGAAGAGAAGGAGGUGACUUGUACAAAGAAAGACUGACAGUAAGGAUAAAUAUUUGGAUUAUGGCAAGAUGAGCUUCCUGUUGCCCAAGCUAACUAGCAAAAAAGAAGUAGACCAAGCAAUAAAAAGUACUGCAGAGAAGGUAUUGGUUCUCCGAUUUGGGAGAGAUGAGGAUCCAGUCUGUCUGCAGCUAGAUGAUAUUCUUUCUAAGACGUCUUCUGACCUGAGUAAAAUGGCUGCUAUAUAUCUGGUAGAUGUGGACCAAACUCCCGUUUACACGCACUAUUUUGACAUCAGUUAUAUUCCAUCUACUGUGUUCUUCUUCAAUGGGCAGCACAUGAAAGUGGAUUAUGGGUCUCCCGAUCACACUAAGUUUGUGGGAAGUUUCAAAACCAAGCAAGACUUCAUAGAUUUGGUUGAAGUAAUUUAUCGAGGAGCAAUGAGGGGAAAGCUUAUUGUCCAAAGUCCUAUUGAUCCCAAGAAUAUUCCCAAAUAUGACCUUCUCUAUCAAGACAUUUAAUGCAUUCAUUACUAUCAAAGUUGAAGAAAAAAGCACAUCUUGAAACAGUACCUGAACCCAGCUGUGCCGUUUUCCUGGAGUCCUUUGGACAUGUGUUCAGCAUCCCAGCAGAGAAGAGUGCUGACUUGGGUAGAAAAUACCCCACCCUCAAGUAGAAGACCACGCUGGCACUGCGAUGGGCAGAGAUGCUUAAAUGUCUAUUCCCUGCAAACCCCAGAGCAGUCAAGACCACCGGGGUCAAUUUCCCCAGCGUGAUUUUUUUUUAAUUUUUAUUGUGCUUCUCUUUAUUCCUUAAGAUGAUACAGAAUCCUUCUAAACAUUGGCUAGUAUAUUUAUGUUGACUUUGAUAUACAAGUAAAAUAGAAAAUCAUUUCCCGUAAGAGCAGAAGUACUUAUUUUUUUACCCUAAAUGUACCCACACACACACCCUCCCCCUCACCUGUUUCUCCACUCAUGUAUUUAUCUCAUGCUCUCCUGUCUCCAGUCCCUGUUAUCUCAGUUUCUCUUGGAAUAAAUGUUUCUCUACAGAUAGUGAGAAAAUGUUUUAUUUUGGAAACUUUCUGGUUUAAACUUUUAUUUAUUUAUUUAUUUUUUUUUCAACGUUUAUUUAUUUUUGGGACAGAGAGAGACAGAGCAUGAACGGGGGAGGGGCAGAGAGAGAGGGAGACACAGAAUCGGAAACAGGCUCCAGGCUCCGAGCCAUCAGCCCAGAGCCUGACGCGGGGCUCGAACUCACGGACCGUGAGAUCGUGACCUGGCUGAAGUCGGACGCUUAACCGACUGCGCCACCCAGGCGCCCCAAUUUAUUUUUAUUUUUUGAGAGAGAGAUUGCAAGCUGGGGAGUGGCAGAGACAGAGGGAGACACAAUCUGAAGUAGGCUCCUGGCUCUGAGCUGUCAGCACAGAGCCCAACGCAGGGCUCGAACUCACAAACUGUGAGAUCAUGACCUGAGCCAAAGUCGAAUGCUUAACCGACUUAGCCACCCAGGUGCCCCAUCUGGCUUGAACUUUUAAAACAGUAUCCCAGUUUGCUCAUUUGACUAGCUUUUGUUAUUAAAUUGCCCAAGAAAUGGGACUUUGAACCUUUACCAUCCAGCACCCAAUUUGAGCUAAACAAAUUAGUAAGUAGCAGCAGAUUUCUCCCAGAAGUCCAAGUUCUGCCGCUUUCUGAAGCAGAGGAUUUUACUUCAAGGACUCAAGACUGGAAAGAGAUGUCAGAAUCGUUAGAAAUAACAUCUUUGUGGUAUUUGCUCAUUUUAAUAACUUUAUGAAGAAUUCUUGCUCUGCCAGCAGCCCUGGCAUAACCUGCCACCACUUGACAAGUCCCUGCUUCUCUCAAAACCUCGCUGGGCCUCUGGAUACUGACUUUGUAGAACAAAAGAAUAGAUGCAGACCCAGAGGGCAGUGGGCCAGACAUGGAUUUGCUCGCCAGACGCUGACGUCCCAGCUCUGUGCAGACCAACACUGUCUCUGCAAGUUCAUUCUCCCCUUACUGGGUGCUUCCUUUACAAGCCUUUUCUGCAAGAAGAGAUGACCACCUGCCCUGGUUCUCAUUGAUGUGGCAUAGAAGGAAGGCCACUGUGGGUUUUUGCAUCCUUUGCUGACGACAGGAGAGAGCCGCUCCAGGGAUAAGACGUGGAACCGUAGCAACCAUCCCAGGACCAUUAGGACCAGCCCCGGGAUGAAACGUGAAUGUGUGGAGAAGAACAAUAAAAACCUGGGUCCUUGAUGAUGCUAUUGAGCUGCUUAGUGAACUCUAAACCUGCCUCCCUCCAGAAAGAAUAAAAUGUCUUCAUUGCCUGUCA